AAAAAUACCAAAAAAAUAAAAAAAAAUUCUUUUCUUACCAUCUCUUCAACAGUUGAGAAAAAUAAAAUUCAUGUGGUUUCGAUUUGCUUUUGCGUCAAAAUUAGUCAAGUUACGAGAUUAGGGUUUUCUAGAUCUGUUUUAAUUUUGUCAAUUUUAUCGCUUUCUCAGCUUACUUUUACUCUAGAGUUGCGGCAUUUGGAUUACGCACUGAGUGGGAGGUCAAAGGAAGUAUUUUCGUUGAAAUUUGUUGAGCUCUAGUACAUAAGUGUGUAGUAUUCUUGUGAUGCCUUAGCAUGGAGAUGGAGUCACAGGUCUCAUUGGAUCCAAAGGUAGCUUAUUAUGGAGAGAAUACUUCAAUUCAGCUUGGGGAUCGUAGCAUAACAUCACUGAUAGCAGAUUACAUGGAGCCGCAACAGCCAGUGAAGAAGCCAACUCGGCAAUGGGCUGCUUGGACACGCGAAGAGGAGGAAAGUUUUUUCACAGCUUUACGACAAGUCGGCAAAAACUUUGAGAAGAUAACUCGUCGUGUCCAAAGCAAAAAUAAGGAUCAGGUCAGGCAUUACUACUAUCGUCUUGUGAGGCGUAUGAACAAGCUGCUGGGUCCAGGAUUAUGUCUGGAUGCCAAGAACUCCAAAGAUACUAAUGCGGCAAUGCUUCGUUGGUGGUCUUUAUUGGAAAAGUACAGUUGUAAAGCUUCAAAGCUUCACCUGAAGCCACGGAGGUUUAAGAUAUUUAUUGAAGCACUGGAAAACCAACUAUUAAAAGAUCGUAAGAAGAUUGUAAAAAAAAGGCCUUUGCAAUUGGAAAAUGUUCCUCCAGCUCCAAUUACUCUAAAUAAUCAAAAUAGAGGACCAGGACAGGAAACCCGAACUGUUAAGUUGGUUCUCAUGGAUACUCAAAACUUGCAAAGAUUAGGAGCAGGAAAGGGCUCUUUAAAACGCAGUAUGAAUAUAAGUGUUAUCCGUGGAAGCAGAGGAGAAUCAGCUGCCUUAAAACCUGCAAGGCAAAGACGGAAACAAGGUGCUGUCUCAUCAGCUGCUUAUAAAAAAUGGGAAAAGGCAGCAAUUGCUGGUGUUUCUUUGGUUGCUGAUGCUGCUGAGCAUUUGGAGAGGGAAACUACUGAUAAAGAUGUUGAACAUGAUCAGGUUAUGGCAGAUCAGAGGGUUUCUGGCCCUGUUGAAAAAGGUCUGCCCCCUUUGUCCGCUUUCUCACAAAACCAUUAUGCCGAGAGCAAUGCUUAUACUAACAUGAAACUCAAGCUCCAGUUGUUCCCAAUUGAUGAUGGCACUCGAAGAGCCUUAGAAAUGGAUAAUCAUAACCCACACCUGGAGCUUACUCUCAGUACUCGAAAAAAGAUAUCAUCUGUGUUGGAACACCUGAACCGGAAAUGGGGCAAUUCAAGUGUAGCAUCUGGAGGGCCAAUCCUUUUUCCUUACAAUGUUCAACGAAAAAAUAUUAUCAGUUGUCAGAGAUGGACUCUAGACUCCAUUGUCAGUGCAGCAGAUGUAUACACCUCAAUUGGAAGCCCUCCAGUUUUCCGCCUGAGGUAUGGCUGGUUUUCCGACAAUGAAUUGGCACCUGUUGAAUUGCAAGCACCCACUCCAAGUGGGAAUCCUAUGGACUUGGAAAAUGGUAACAGGAAGAUUAUGAAUUGUAGAUCCAAGUCUGGGAUGUCUACUGAUGAUCUUUCUGAGAAAGGUAAGGGUCAGGCAGCUACAGUUAACAAGAACCAUGCUUCUACACCCUCUUCCACAGAUAUCCUCAAUGAGAUUAGUGGACGUACAGCCACAGGACAUAGAUAUGGAUUGAUUGAAUUGUCUGAUCCCGCAGCAAAUGCAUCAUUGCAUGAAAAGGAGAUUGGUGAGAGGUUGAAUAAGAAACAAUUGGAUAAUGCAGAUGACCCAAGAGUGAGGCAUGGUGCUGCGCUGUCUGCCAGUGAAUGGGCCGACAGCCUCACCGACAUUAGUGUUGGAGAUCUUCUGUCUGAUGUGUCUCAUGAUAUUAACCCUAAUUCUACUGAACUCUCCAUUGCUGAGAGAGACCAAUGUCUUCAGCAGAUGCCAUUUAGCUGUGAUUCAUUUGAUGCUGCUAUUGCUGCUCAUAUGUUAAGACAUCAAAACAAUAUAUUUCCAUCCGCAGAAGCAUCCCACAUAUCUUCAAUCUGGGAUGCUGAAGAAACAUGUGAUGCCUUCAUAUUUCAGAAGAAUCACGGUCUGUGCCAGGAGAUUCCUACUUCAGCUGGCGGUGUCUCUUUAGAUGUUGGAAAACCGUCAAACUCAGUAACUUCUUUGUCCUUUGUUGAGGAAUUAGCUGAUGGAGAAGGGGCUGUGGACUAUUCUGGCGGAGACCCUAUGGAUGAAAGUUCACCUGAUCCGCAAUUUUUAGACAACUCGGCUAAAGAUUUUACUGAGCUAACAGAUAUCUACUGGCCAGAAUCCUUAGGACCGUUAGAUCUGGAUUUACCAUCUUCUAAAUACCAUAAUGAUGAGCUCAAUCUAAGCCAUAGCCUUAGUGGCUUGAAUCGUCUAAUAGCCAGCAGCUUGGAUGCUUUUCAAAAUUGCUCCUUUCUCGGGCAAGAAAAGAAGGAUACAGCAGUAGAAGCUCGCGAAAGUUGCUCGUUUUCAGAUUUUAAAAUUGGUACCGGGUCUUGAAAUUUUUGCCAAGUUGUAACUCGAGGGUUUUUAUUUUGUUAAAAGGAUGAACCCUGUGCUUGGAAUAUGAUGACUAACGGUUCUUGUAACAGGAAAGACUAAUCAUUUUCCAUUUCACUAGCACAAGGAGAAUGUGCUGAAGGGAUGGGUGCAAGUCAAGAAAAUUCUGAUUGCAUCUAGAAAAAGUAGUUACCUAAUCAGAGUCUUCCAACAUUUGUACAAAAAUAGACACGGAUACGCUUUCUUUCUUAACUUUUACUGAUCCUGUAAAUUGCUGUUCAGAACUGUUGUGCAACCCUUUUCGCAAAGAGUUUUAUUUGAUCUAUGUUGUUCAUCAUCCUUGUUGCUGUUUUCAUCAAAUAUAAAUUUCUUUGGUUGGUGGUUA